AUGCUGCUAACCGGCCAUCCUUAUCCUGGCCUUACUUCCACUUCUUCGUUGCCCCCAUCGUCGAUGAUAAAAGCUGCGGCCCAUGCCCGUCUUUACAGGGAGCUCGCGAUUGCCGCAACUCCGAACGGUCUCCUGAUCAAACCGACCUCCGAGUCUGCCACUGAUUCAUCUUCGAUACUUCAAAUCUCAUGGGGCCCCACUCCUAUUGUGAGGGAUGUCGAUAUAUCCUCUACAACCGAAGAUAUCGAGUGGUCCGAUUGUCCUGUUGUGUUUGGUAUCGUUGGCAUAGUGUCCCUGUUCCGAGUGUUAAAUUACCCGAUUUAUGCGGUCAAAGAAGUGGUGGCGAUACCGUUAGAGGAAAGAGGCGCCAUCGGUUUCUUGAAGGUACUUCGCGAGGGAAGUCCUUCUCAUUUGAAGCGUCGUGAGAGCAUUUCAAGCGCCACCAGCAUGGACCAGUCGGAUGCCUUGUCUGCGUCAAACAGCGAGGAAGACGCGGAAAGAUUUUCGGACGGGUCUCCUGUGGUCAACAUGGCUUCCACAGCCUCAGAGGGCCACCCGUUGCCCUCCAUUACAAAAUCUUUUUUCUCGCGCUUUAUAUUCUGGAAAUCACAAUCGAAGAACCGGGAUUCCACGCAUUUCGGAAGUGUGCCAUUUCAGGCUGGGCACCAACCUCUCCAUUCUUCAUCCCAACAACCCGUUGUGAAGGAAAUGCAGCAUGCGAUCCCUACGGACUCUACGGUUCCGGACGUUCCUGAAAACGGGCCGGCUGAUCAAGAGAAGAGUGUCCAGCUUGACCUGAAGGUCAUAAAGCAAUGCAUUAAACUUUUCAGUCGUGAGAUGUUCUUUUCUUAUGAUUUUGACAUCACAACGGCACUGCAGAGAAAGCAUCAGAAAUUAAUGGAGAUUGAUCGUAAUUUGCAUCUGUUAAAUGCAGUUUCUGACGAGACGACAACGUCUGCUAAUGUCACGACACUCUCCGAGCCACACCCCAAUUUCCCGCUAUGGAGACGGGUUGACCGUCGUUUCUGGUGGAAUGAAGAUAUUUCAUCAAUGUUUGUGGAAGCUGGAUUGCAUGACUAUGUUCUUCCCUUGAUGCAAGGGUAUAUUCAAUUUUCUCAUUUUUCUGUCACCCCGGAGAGGAUUGCGUCCGAUAUACCUGAGGACUGUGACGACGACGAGGUAGGACCGGCGAACAUGAUGAACUUUUGUAUUAUAUCGCCGGCGGGGAUUGAUGAAGAUGCAAAUGUGGCGAAUUUCGUCGAGACGGAGACCAUCCUACAGACAUUUAGGGAAGGAUGCCAGAACGUCCUGAGUUAUAUACAAAUCAGAGGCUCCAUUCCUCUAUACUGGUCCCAAUCUGGGGCAAGCCUCAAACCAGUUCCCACGUUGGACCGCACCCAUAGCGAACGCCUUUACGCCCUUAAACGACAUUUCGAGAAGCUUAUGAGAUAUAUGGGCCACAGGUGCCUUUCUUCGGGACCUGGAAAUUCUGUAGUACUUAAUCUGGCAGAGACCACGGGGAAAGAAGGACUUGUAACAAAUGAAUACCGGGAUGCCCUGGAAGAAGCCAACAUCCCUGGAUUAUCAUUCGAUUUCCAUGCGGAAUGCAAAGGAAUGAAGUAUGAGAACAUCUCCAAAUUGAUUACUUCCCUCGAACGCCCAUUCUCGAGUCAGGGCUUCUUCUGGGUGAAUACGGAAGGAGUUCUGUCUUUGCAAAAUGGUGUCUUUAGGGUUAACUGCAUUGAUUGCCUUGACCGGACCAACGUUGUUCAGAGUGCCAUUGACCGACACAUGUUAGACGUGCAGCUGCAAGCACUGGCCAUUGUACCCUCACCGGCCCAAAACAAAGAGAUUGAUAUGAUAUUCAAUGAUGUUUGGGCUAAUAAUGGAGACGCCAUAAGCCGCACUUACGCGGGGACAUCUGCUCUCAAGGUCUAUAUCGCAGGGAUGCUCAAUGAUGGCGUCAACUCCCUCGCACGGAUGUACGCCGCAACAUUCUCAGAUUUUUUAUCUCAGGCCAUAAUCGACUUCGUCCUCGGACAUCGCGGUUUGAGCGUGUUUACCGAAUUCAUGACGAAUAUGCAGGCCACUGACCCCAGGGAGCUUAUUCGGAUAUCAAAGAUCAGAGUCAUUGCCAUUGACAUCUGCACGGCGUUGCUAGUGCAAGAAGGGGAGGAAGUUAAAGGCGGCUGGACACUCUUCUCGCCUUCACAGCCUAACAUCAAGAUCAGUAAUUCCUUUGAAGAGAAAGUCCUUCUAUUGACAUCGGCCGCGUUGUACAUCGUUAGUUAUGACUAUUCACUCGACAAAGUGAAAGUCUUCACCAGAGUGCCAUUCCACGACAUAACUGGGAUUCAGAAAGGUGCAUACAUACUCUCUCCAAUGCAGGAAGCGGGAAGAGAUCAUUCCCAUAACUAUGGUUUUGUCAUCUCGUACCGUCCAUCGAAAGAGGUGGUGACGAGGGCGACCACCUACAGCAUCAGGAACACUCCCCCGCCAAACCCACCCAAUGGAGACGAUCCGUUGUCUUCCAGCGUGGACGUUCCCUUGAGUGAGAUGAUUCAGAUUAAGGACGAGCCGACAUCAUUUAGGCUUCCCUCGAAAUCCGGAGGCUCAUCCAUAUCAAAACCGGAGCCGAAGGGACGAUCAUCCACAUUGGCUCGGGCGUUUUCCGUCGUUCCCACUAAUACUGACAUUGUGGAAGUGGCGUUCAAGUCACUGCCUGUCGAAUACGGUCAGGAUCGUGAAGGGUCUGAUGCACCUGAUUGGGAGAGGUCAUCAGCUGGAGUGACGCAUCGAGCCAAAACUUGCCGGGAGAAUGUAGAAGCGAUUUGCGCUCUCAUUGUGCGCACCUGCCAAGAUGUGGGAUACACACCGCUUGUGACUUCAAAGGAUGUGGUAAGCCUUGAAGAGGCUAGAAGAUCUACGCCCGUUUUUGCCAAGGCGGAGUAUGCAUUUAAGCGCUUACUUUGGGGAGGUUGA